AUGAACAUUGACGACGGCAUGAAGAUCAUUGAGAAUCCGUAUUGCAGAGCAGAGAAUCCAACGUUGACAUCUCAAGACGCCACGAUUAUUAUACCUUCUCUGCUGGGCUACGGAGAUGAACUGAAAGUGACCCUUCGAUCCGUCCUUAUUAACGAGCCGUUCCAAAUUAUUCUCGUAACAAUUGAUAGCAAUAGGGGGAGCGCGGAGAAAAUGCUUAGGACAAUGCCCGCAUCAAAAACUCGGAUCCAACUGCUUAGCAUCCCAAAACCAAACAAAAGACGCCAAAUGGUGCGGGCUAUUCCCGAGGUCCAAACAAAAAUUACGGUAUUCGUGGAUGAUGAUGUUAGCUGGCCACCAAGGGAGCUGGUAUGGUUAUUGGCUGUUUUUGAAAAGGACCCUAUCUAUGGAGGAGUAGCAACAUGCCAGAGGCUAAGAGGAUCAGGCUCAUCACUGUUCUCCAUAAAGCGGGUGUGGGACUUCCUAGGGGCAUUGUACCUGGAGCGUAGGAAUUUCGAUUGUGCUGCGACAACGCAUGUGGACGGAGGCAUGCCCUGCCUCUCUGGACGGACCUCUGCUUACCGGACCAAAAUCCUUCAGGAUCGGGACUUCACCUACAACUUCACAAAUGAGGAGUGGUGGUUUGGGAAAUAUGAAUUGAAUGCGGAUGAUGACAACUUCCUGUCGCGCUGGAUGGUAACGCACGGUUGGGAAACAUAUUUCCAAUACCAUCCAGAGGUGGAAAUCCAGACGACGCUCGAAAGCAACUCUAAGUAUCUCAAGCAAUGUGUUCGGUGGUCCCGGAGUAAUUGGCGGAGUAAUCUCACAACCCUGAUUCAGGAGCAAGUCGUUUGGUACCGCCAACCAUGGAGCACCUAUGCUGUCUAUCUGACCACCCUGUCGCCGCCAGCCUUGGUUGGAGAUUUGGCCCUUGUGGUAUUCUGCUACUAUGGCACAAAGGAUUGGGAUGAGUGCUCUCGCAUGUUCACACUGAAGGCUUUGGCUCUAUGGAUGUUCGUUAGUAAAUUUAUCAAGCUCCUCGGUCACUAUAUUCGAAAUCCAGCCGAUUUUCUCCUUUUACCCGUGUCAAUACUGUUCGGAUAUUUUCACGGCCUGAUAAAGCUCUACGCUGCUUUUACACUUGAUGUGACCACAUGGGGCACCCGCGAUGGUGCUGAUGCCAGUGAUUCAGAACGCAUGCGGGAAAAGCCCCGAAGAUGA